AUGGGAGCAGGACGCGGGGCCCGAGUCGCAGCGGUGACGCCCGGCGGGGCAGGUCUGGGCGGCGCGCCGGCAGCUUUCAAGUCUCUGGUCCCGGGCUUGCAAGUGCAGACCUGCGCCCGGCGCGGCGGCGGGAACAUCUGCCCCAGUGUGCAGACUCGCCGCACCCAGAGCGCGGCUGGGCGGGACAGGCCCGCCUUAGGUACACUCGCCCCUGGGCCCCCUCAACCCCCGGGCGCCGCCCCCUUGCCCACUCCCAGAGCCUGCGUCCCCCCAUACUCCUUUCUCCACCCACGGCUGCUCUCAGGACUCGGAAAUCCUGGCAAGCUCCUCCUGGCACUGGCUGCGCACCCCAUCAAUGUGAGACAAGACCCCAGCAUCCCUAUCUAUGGACUCCGACAGUCCAUCUUAUUAAAUACCAGGCUUCAGGACUGCUAUGUGGACUCACCAGCUCUCACCAACAUCUGGAUGGCCAGAACGUGUGCAAAGCAGAACAUUAACGCCACAGCACCAGCUACCACUUCCUCUUGGGAAGUUGUAAGGAACCCAUUAAUUGCCAAUUCCUUCUCCCUGGUUAAGCUUGUACUCAGGCGGCAACUGAAGAAUAAGUGCUGCCCAGCACCACCCAAGUGUGGAGAAGCAAAACUCUCGAAGAGAUUAAAGCACAAGGACGAUUCAGUGAUGAAAGCCACCCAGCAGGCCAGGAAAAGAAACUCCAUCAGUUCCAAGAGCAAGCGGCCAGCAGGGCACAGGAGGCCUGCAGGAGGCAUUAGAGAGAGUAAAGAAAGUUCAAAGGAGAAAAAACUAACAGUCCGCCAAGAGCUUGAGGACAGAUAUGCUGAACAUGUGGCUGCCACCCAAGCACUACCCCAAGACAGUGGGACAGCAGCCUGGAAGGGCCCAGUGUUGCUUCCUGAAACCCAAAAGAGACAGCAGUUGUCGGAGGACACGCUAACCAUCCACGGUCUCCCCACAGAGGGUUACCAGGCUCUGUACCACGCUGUGGUAGAGCCAAUGCUGUGGAAUCCUUCAGGGACCCCCAAAAGGUACAGCCUGGAGUUGGGCAAGGCCAUUAAACAAAAGCUCUGGGAGGCUCUGUGCAGUCAGGGUGCCAUCUCUGAAGGUGCUCAGAAGGACCGGUUCCCUGGCAGGAAGCGGCCAGGUGUCCACGAGGAGCCUGUACUCAAUAAAUGGCCCAAGUUAAAGAGCAAAAAAUAGGAACAGGAACUCAUGGGAUUACGGUAUUCUCUGCUAGAGAUCUGAAAAAUAAACACAACUUUGCACCUUCCCUGUCAUCUGAGUGCUUUACAAAUUAGCCACACCCUCUCAGGGAAACAAAGAGGAACCAGAUUCACUCAAGACCAACGGUCCCUUUCCACUCAUGAUUAGGUCAUUUUGAGGGGUAGAUGCUGGGAGUAUUUUUUCCUCCACGGCCUUGAGGGUCUGUUAGUCUUCCAGGUAGGAAAAGGCCUGACAGAUAAAGCAGAUGUUUUACAUUCAGGC